AUGUCGCAUGAGAAGAGAUUGGCAGUCUCGUCGCGCUCGAGGGGCCCGUCAAACGGUCGCCGGGGAGCUCGACCGGCACAGACCGGUCCAAGACCUGUAGAGGAGCAGUAUCGAGUCCAUCGUGGGUACCCUCCACAUCGCCACGCCCGCAUUCUACCAGCUAACGACCGCUUCACGCCGAGCCAUUCUCCUGCACCAUCUGGACCUCGCGCAGUACCAUUCGGUGCUCCUCUUCGUCGCCAAGAUCCGCCUCGUCGGCGCCGCCAAGGCCCAAACCAAGUCACAAGUUCAAGACUUAUCAUCCCUCGAGCCAGUGACCUCAGGGAGUUGCUCAGGUCGUCGAGUGCCGAGACCAUCUCCCAAAUACGAAGAAAUCUCCACGAGUUACAGGACGAAGUCAGCAGCCAUGUUUCUCGCUCCCCUCACCGCUCAAACUGGUCCACGGAUGCUUGGUAUAACUUCGCAAAUGCAAUGCCGGGCAUGAUCAUCGAGACCCCCAACUUCGAGCCACUUGGAGAUCCUCGUAGCAACCCUGUCGGAUCUAAUAAUCGUACCGAGACACCCAACGGUCCGAUAUUCUGUGGCGUUCACCCUCCAUUGAUCGUGGACAAGCACAAAGACAUUAACGGGAACAAGGUCUUGACCGUGGCUUGGUGCGGCACCUAUGGAGGCAGAGCAUCCGAGCUUAUCGAGCUUCUGAAGGGUACUCCAGAUUACGAAGCGGUUGCAUUCAUCGUUGCAGAGGACGGUCCUGUGCCAGAAGAGAUCCCGCGGGGUGCGAGAGUUUUCAAGGCGCACACGUUCGAAACAUUCUUGAGGGACGAAAAGCGCUACACACUCGUCGACUUUCGCAAGGUUGGGCUGGUGUAUUGCCAGAGUGGCAUGCGCUGCAGGGGUCGUAUCCUGGGAUCUGAAAAGGAUGAGAUUCUCAAUCUCGCACAUCAUCGGCCUGUCUCGUCUUCAUCGCCGACGCCACCAACGCAAGACUCUUCACCAGAUCACCAACCGAAAUCAAAACUUCCUACUGAAGACACCAAUGCGGCAGGAACGCCAGUGCAGGUCGUUUCCACGGCCGCCAAUCCGUCGGACAUGACAAGACUCGCCCAAGGCUUGAACCAGACAGGUAUGGACGAACCCACUGGCGAGCUUCCGGCGGGCAUGAGCGACCAAGGUGCACCGACAGGUGAGCUUUCUGAAGGCUUUGGUGAACAAGGCGGUGAGGGUAUCUUUUGA